AUGGCUCUUUACCCGUUAUAUGGAAAACAGAAACUUAUUUUUUACUAUAAUGUUGUCUCGACAACGCUAUGGUUCUGCUGCUUGUGCCGCUUCCUUAUCUUGCUUCCACUCGUUGGAAGGAAGUUCUUGCCAGCUGGAAUAGCUGAUUUCUUUCAUGUGGUCAGUGUGUUCCCACUUAUUGGUUGGGUUUUGGUUACUGCUCUAGUCAAGACUCAACAUUCAUGGAACGAUCUUUGGGGGCUUUUCGAUGCUCUUAGGAUGGUCUGGAUGUGCUACGGUGUGAUCUUCCCUCAUCCCAAGAUUGCCAAGCAUACUUCAUAUUCUUUUUUGAUUCUGUCGUGGUGUAUUCAAAACUUGAUUGAUUCGUUUUACCAUGGCUUCAAGACAAAGACGAGAACUUCGCCGUUAUGGUUGUUCUGGCUCCAUCACCACCACUUCUACUUGACAUUCUUUGUGAGUUGUGUCAGCGAGAUGAUCUUGAUCUUCUUGAGUCUUGGAUUUGUCAAGAGUGAAUUGCACGAAUGGGUGCUUAAGGCUUGCAUUUUGGCGUACGUUCCUGUUGGAUACUUCCUUUUUGGGUACCUUCGGAACAGACAAGCUACCAAAUACGAUGCGUUCAUGGAGAAGAGGAACCGUGGACGUGUUCAGAACCAGGAACUUCCUCGUGUUCAACAGCCAUCUUCUGCCGUUGAUCAGAGCUCGAGGUGA